CUGUAAAUCUGUUUCCCAUGAUAAGUUUUUUCUCUUUAAAGCUAUUUUCUACAUAAAACUUCAACCAACCUCUGCCGACCAAAGUAAUGUACAAGUCUUAUUAUUUUAUACAAAGGUAAAUUUAAAAGUAAAAAGAAAUAAGUAUCCGCUUACAUCACCAAAACAAAGAUAUCCUGCUAAACCAGGAGCAGGAUAACCAGACUAACUAGAUUCCAAACCCACGAGCAGCAGUGGUAUUAAAACUGGAAGCCAUUCUAGGGACACCUAUAUAACCGGAUCAGGCCAUUUCUACACAAUUCUCAGCCUUCACAUCGUAUCUAAGUGAUUGAUCCAAACCAGCAUACAAAGAAUCGAUAGUCUAUUUGAAAGGUAAAAAUAUUUUUUAAAAUAAAACUGGUGGAAUAAACUUUCACCUCACCAAGGAGUCUUUUCAAUUAAUUCUUUUGACUGGAGUGUCUUUCCAGGAUAAUUUGAAACAAAGUCUAUGUGUACAUGAGUGAGUAAGUUGCUUCAAUGCAAGGUCAACUUUAUCUUAUCUUAUGUCCCACAGAUGUCAGCAUCACCUCCUCCAGUGGUCCCACGAAAGCCCACUGGUAUCCGAGUAAUGAUCCCUCCUGCAGAGAAGCCUCUUCCGGGUGGAGGGACUAUCUAUGACCAGUCUGGAAAAGUUACAGAGAAUGGAACCAGUGGGGACUUGAAUGGCUCCUCUCAACUGAAUGCAGGAAGAGAAGUGGAGAUCUUAAACCACUGCUUCGAUGACGUGGAGAGAUUCAUGUCUCGCUUGCAGCAGACAGCUGAGGCCCAGAGUAUUCUCAACGUAAGGAACAAGAAGAGAAGCAGGAAAAGCAAAAAGCAAAACCAAAAUGAUGAUCUGUUGACCGUCAAAGCAAACCCUCCCUCAGAGGAGGAAUUUGUGGAUCUCUUCCAGAAAAUCAAGUAUUCCCUCUGUCUUUUGGACCGUCUCAAGUCAUCCAUCUCACAGCCGGACGCACCAGAGCUGCUUCAUCAUAUCUUUGUGCCGCUCCGACUGAUGGUGAAAACCACUGGAGGAGCAGAAUUAGGUGCAUCAGUGGUCAGUCCAGCUAUGACCAGUGGUGCCAUUUCAUUCCUCCAUGAGCACUUGACUGAAGAAGAAAAGGAACUAUGGACGUCAUUGGGAAGCAACUGGACUUCACCAUGUUUGGAUUUUAGCGUCUCUGAUCCUCCAUACUCACCUGUCUUCAUUGACGGCUGGCAGCUUCCCGCCUAUGACUCCAACGGUCACCUUUUGGAAGAUCCUGUCCAAAUGCAGCACAAACAAGAUGCUGCCAGGCAAAACAGUCGGACAAAAAACCCACAGGAGCAUGCUCGACCUAGAGCAGAUGGCCACGAGGAAGGCAGUAAUGAAGUAGAUGGAAACGGACUUCCACCAGAGGGUGAGAGACUGUACUGCUGCAGUUAUGACUUUGUGGCCAGAAACAGCAGUGAGCUCUCAGUGCUGCAUGGAGAAACGCUAGAGGUCAUUGAUUCAUCAAAACGCUGGUGGAAGUGUCGGAAUCGUUUUGACCAGAUAGGAUUUGUUCCCCACAACAUUCUGGAGCCCCUGUCCGCUCUGAAUGACACACAGAGAGGCAAUCCAGUGGUUCGAACAGAGUCAAAGAAAACAGCACUUAUCCCUCAGACAAGGGGCUUCUCAUAUGCUCCAACUAGCCCUGAAGUGACCAGUCCCACAGCUACAAGCCCAACAGGGCGAACUCAGAGCAUGGGGAUGCCCACCGCGUUCAUGCCAGGAGAAAAUGGCGACCGAGUCUUGAUGAUGAAUGAUGAGCUUCUGCAGCGACUAGCUGAGAAAAGAGGCUCGGUUCAUCAACCGGUGGUUUCCUCCUCAUUUGAAACCUCUGUCCCCCUAAACUACCACUCACCACCAGCUGAGGUGGAGGCAUGGCUCAAAGCAAAGAACUUCAGUGAGGGGACAAUCCAAAGCCUGGGAAUUUUAACUGGAGCACAGCUGUUCUCCCUGAACAAGGAUGAAUUCUGCAUGGUAUCACCGGAAGAAGGCACAAGAAUUUACAGCCAGAUAAUGGUUCAGAAGGCCCUUCUUGAGGAUGUGCGUAAAGCUUCGGAGCUAGAAGCAGCCCUGGGGAGGCAGUAGCUGAAGAUGACCUGACAUGAGAAAAGGACACAGAUAAUGUCCACUACUACAAAUGUGAAAUCAAAGCUUUUUAGACGAAUGUUAUUUUAAUGUUUUAAUCACAUGCAUUGUUAAAUCAUUUAUGUACAACAGAAAACUCACAGAUGCUUUCUUUGACGAUAGUAAAAUUUUAGAACUGUCAUUUCUUCUAUUUGGUUUUCAUUCAUUUUGCAUUUCAAAAUGUUGUAACACCCUUAAAGGCAAGAUCUGAAACUUUAUUAUACAACAAAUGCAAGAUAAUCCAGUAAGCUAACUCGUUGACUCUUUCAAUUGUGUACUCAAGAAAUUAAACAAUACAUUGAUAAUCAUUGUGCGCUACACAGGAACACAAGUUGUCCCUAUCGUUGUUCUUAUUAAAUGUUUUCUUUUCUUGGAUCUCACAGAUUAUCCAACAAAACAUUCUAAAAACAUUAAAGAAAUGUAAACUCUCAUUUGAU